AUGCCGGCCGACCUGGAAGAGACGAAGAUCCUCAUCAGCUCGAUUCUCACGGCCAGCGAGAACGCUCUCUCGCUGGGCCAGUUGGAGGCCGAGUACAAAAUGAUGGAAAACGAGUUCAUCCCGUUCAAGGAGCUCGGUUUCAAGUCGUUGAUCGAGUUCCUCAAUAAAUGCCCCGAUUGCGUCCGAGUAGUCCAUUCGGGAGGGACGGCACAAGUGUUGCCUGUCGUGAGUGAUGAAGUGAAACACAUACGUGACUUUGUAGAAAACCAGAGGAGCGACGGAUCAAAAAAAGUAGCCUACAAGAUCACGCAGGUUGUCGAAGAGAACAUUUUGCGUCUCUUGGCGAAGAAACCCGGUCACAGAAUCUUAUUGAGCGAAUUGACGUCCUUGUACAAGCGAGCGUACCAGGCUCCACUUCCCGCGCCCAAAGGGAAACUCGUCGCAUGGUUAGCGACUUCGAAUAAGUUCGCUAUAUUGUCGUGCGGUAAGAACUUGAAGCACAUCGAAGCACUCAGUCACGUUAAUCUCAACCACUACAAGAGCUCGGUGCCACUAGCCGAGUUAUCCGCCCUAAGAGCCUCGGUACAAAAAGCCUUGUCCGGCGCCCAGAGAAGUUGCGCACAAUCGGAAAUUCGAGUGAAUCGAAGCGCUCCCACGAGUCGAAGCUCAAACCUCGCUGAGGUACAAUCGGCAGCGUUCACGCAGCACACAACGACGUAUGCACCUGCGGUCUCGCUACCAGCCCCGAGCACCCAAUCGAUCCCUGUACCGGGAAGUAGUCCGUCCAAGGCAAGAAAGUCGCCUCUACUACCUACUCCGGACCCGAGCCUUCGUCUCAACGCCACGAUGGGGAGUUCGAUCGCGAGGUUCAUGGAGCCUCGAUGCAGCCCCGAGGCGUCCGCGGCGGAGCCGAAACGACCACCUCUCCAACCGGUGGAAGCUGCUCCCAAAGAAGUCGCGAGGGAGCUCACGUCCGAAAAAAAGCAAUUCCUCAUCAGGAUGAUGAUGAAGAAUCCCGAGAGUACUUCCGUCACCGCUUUACGUCGAGCUUACGAAUAUAAUUACGGAGCCAUCGAUACGCAGACUUUUCUCGAUUGGUUAUUCUCAAUGGAUGAAUGUCUGGUGAUCGGUGCGGACAGCGGAAGAGUUUACUUGAGACCUCAGCAUCGCGUCCUAGCCACCCCGAACGGGUACCAUCUUCCGAUCGCGACGGCGACGCGUUCCGUCGCCGUUUCGCAGGACACUCCGCCGACUCAGAAUCAGCUGACAAUCCCUGUUCCGCCGCACGAUUUCGGCGCCCCGGUGUCGGAGACCCUCAAGGUGACAAUCCAGGGCAUGGCCGACCAGACAUCAGCCGACCCUGGGCAGACAGGCCUCGAGGUCGCUCCUGAUUAUUCCGAAGAGGAUUCCGACGACCGUGUCCUGGAAGGUAUCUGUGGUCUCUCCGUCACGGAUAUCGUCGACGUAAUGCAAUUGCUAUGGAGCAAACCGAAGGUCCCGCUCGACCAGCUGCUCGAGGACUUCGAGGCGACCUUCCAGAGAAGGAUCGAUCCGAUCGAUGGCGUGGAAGCUCUUGUGGAGAAACUGAGCACGCUGGGUCUGGUCAAAGUCGCACCAAACUCAGACGUGUCCUUGUUCUCGCCGGUGCGGCUGAGAACUUUCGAUUACGUACGCUCAUCCGGGGUUGAGUCGCAGCUCAUGAACGACGAGCUCUGGAGUAAUUACAUCGCUGGAGGCCCCUUGUGCCAGGGGUACUCGACGACGGGCAAGAUUCUCUGUUACAGCCAAGAUGGAUCCUGUAGCUUUGUUACGGACUGGAGUCCGCCCGACUCUCAAUACGUCCGGACGGAAAUCGUUCCCCAAGGACAAUAUGUCUAUUGUAAUGAUGGUCACAAGUUGAACGCGAUCGCUCAAGUGGCUGUCUCCCGAGUAGGCCACUGGCAGGUUUUCCUCCCCGACCUGCAGAAGUUCCGACCUUGUCGAGCAGAGCAGCUCCUUUCUGGACCUCCACAACCAGUUCUGAAUGUUAUUCCAAUUGGGAGAUGUCCACCUGUCGGGGAAAACAUUAAAUUGACAAUUGUGAAGACUACGGAGACAUCGACCGAGGGAUAUCCUCGAACAUACGUUUCCUUCGGCGAUGAAGAAGUCGUCGGUAUCGUCAAGUCGAGGGCCGACCCGAACUUCGCCUUCAGGCUCCUACGUUGGGAUCAUCAAAGAUUCAUUCCUCGAGAGGACUUGGCCAAACUCUCUUUGGAUAGAGGUCUGACCCUGGUGGACCCGUCGGCUCUCGAGGCCGGAGACGUUUUCAGCGAGGGCGACUGGAUGAAUACCUUGAAUGAGAAGCUUUUCAUUGCAAUGUCGGAGUUCGUAGAAUUGCUCGACACCAUGGGCUUCCGAGCGGACGCCAUUCACGACCUUCUUCUCAUUUAGAUCAUAGAUUCUUUCAAAGUGGUACAGUGUUUGAGGUUUCGGAUUGAGGAACGGAAGCUUGCUUUUCGUGCCUGAAAAUGGAAGACGAUUACUUUAUUGUACAUGUUCCCUGCCAGAUAAUAAAACGUCGUCAGAAUGUAGUCGACGAAUG